AUGAACGAGGCCGGUUCGUGGUGGACGGUACAUCCAGAUUGUGAAACAGCCUGUGCCGAUGAGGUGUUUCGGCCGGGACUCGCUCAUCGCUGUCCUCCAAACGGAGGCGGCGCAGCUUCAAGACCUAAAAAGCAGUCGAUGCCGUUGAGACCGUCGUCGAUUUCGCUGUUCUCUUCCAAACCGUCGCAAUUUAUGUCAAAACACACCACCAACGCAAAUCCACAACGGGGUGAUCAUCUGGUCGUCGAUCAUGAAGAAGAGGUAUGUUAA